AUGGAGGGCGGUGUCCGGGAAGUGAGAAACAUUCCUGAGCGGUUUGGGGCUGAGAGGAAAUGGGAGAGACAAGGAAGACCGGGCUAUGACCAUUUUAGACUUUUGGAAGAACUUGAAGAAGACCAGAAAGGAGUGGGAAAUGGCAUAGUUAACUGGGAUCUGGAAGAUGACAAAUACAUGACACUUAGAAGACGGACAGGGAUGAUAAUUGGUCCUUCAAAAACAAUUCAUGAAAACCGAAUAUAUGACCUUAAAAUAGAACGUGGACCUGAGUACUGAGAAGUAUCCCCUUUUGUAAGAUUUGUAGCAAAAAUUAAUAUGAAUGGAGUUAAUAGUUCUAAUGGAGUGGUAAACCCAAGAGCCAUAUCAGUCCUAGAAAAAUGGCAGAAUUCACAUAGCAUCAAAGUUAUCCUGCAAGAGCUUUGGUGCCUAAUGAUGUCUAAAGAAAACAUGAAACUCCCUCAGCAGCCUGAAGGACACUGUUACAGCAAUUAA